UCACCACCGAAUAACAACAGGUCAACGAGAUUAUUCUCUCUCUCUCUCUCUCGGGCGUUUUUCGCAAAGCACGAUUUAUGUUGCAGAUCAACAGCGGCCGUUAUUAGAAAGAUGAGCCCAGUUAUAUAGCUGCAGGCGAUAAACUAGACGAUCAUCGCCAUGAAAACAAUUAGACGAGGAGAUUGGUGCCGACUACUGGUGGUAGCCGCGAUCUUGUCGGGGCGCGCCAAUGCAGAAAAGCACAAGCGGCAGAUCUUUCGAGAACAAGUGCUGCCGGCCUUAGGUGGCAAGAUUCCAGAGGAAGCUUUCCGAACGGAUCGCCUGGCAUUGAAUCGCUUGAACAAAGAAGGCAUCUCCGUGCCCGACGGUGUGGUCUUCGAUGCUCGGCGCGUGCAGAAGCAUCCUCAUCCCGAUCAAAGGAUGCCGGAGGUCAUCAAGGUUUACCUGACGUCGGACGGUCGAUACGUACCGCCGGAAGGUCGAAUCCAUUAUAACCACCCGAAAGCCGUAGACACGACUUACAUUAUACGAAGGCCAUUCAUGCGAACGAACCACAAGCCGACAUCCAACAAUUUCGAAAGCGUGAAACUUCGAAGCUAUCCCAAGAUUACACAGACUUAUUCCAAUUAUGGCCAAUUCGUGCCGGUCAUACCGCCCAAGCCGGGUGUUUACAAGCCCAUUAUAACGCCGCUGAUACUUCCGACAGACAAGGAUCUGUUUGAUUUAUCUGGUUGGCAGCCAGGAUACAACUGGGACACCGUAUAUGAACCGUUUGAUGAUUACUUCGUAGACGACAUCGCACUCUUCGAUUCUCACCAGAUUAUCACGGAUUAUCAAGGAUUUCUCAACGAGUUCCACGGACGAUCGCUGAGACACGUGAACCCGAAGAGCAACAACAGGAAUCAGCAACAAGCACGGCAGAAUCGGAAGCAUGCGGAAUCGAAAAUGUCACCUAUACCUUAUCAGAAAACGAGGUCGCACAUUAGAAACUCUCGUAAUUCCGCCUACACGAACCUGACGAAUAUACCGGAAACCAAUUUCUCCUGCAACGGAAGGAAAGGAACAUAUGCCGAUGUCGAAACCAAGUGCCAAGUUUUCCACAAUUGCUCAGGAUGGUCAAAGACAUCCUCCCUGUGCCCACCGGGAACGGCGUUUUGCGAAACGUGCAAACGCUGCGAGCGGUACGACCAUGUGCAGUGUGGGCAAAACUGGUUCACAGUUUCGUUCAUAUUCAAACUCGGUACGGUCAUGCCGAGAAGUCGCUGCGUCUUUACCGUAUUCCUGCUCGCCGUGUUGGCAGCGCCCGCUUCGUUCAUCCAGAUCCGGGUCGAGGAACCACUGCCGGGAGAUGAUUAUUACAACAAAUAUCAACAAUUUCAACCGGUAGCAGGAUUUCGUCGGCCUAUCGUCGUGGAAGAAGAAAAACCAAAGAGCAAGCAGGAUUUUAGUAAGAUUCCUGGAAUACCAGGGGUAGAUUUUCCCAUCUAUCACACAGUGCCACCUACGAGUUUUUCCUGUGCAAACGUACCGGUAAUACCAGGAAUGUACGCAAACGUGGAGACUGGUUGUCAGGCAUAUCACGUUUGUCACGAUGGACGUGAAGGCCAUCAGGGUGCCCCUUUCUUAUGUACUAACGGAACACUUUUUAAUCAACGCGAGUUUGCAUGCGACUGGUGGUACAAUGUCAACUGCGCUGAUGCACUAACUCUUUACAAGUAUAACGCAGAUCCUCAAAAAAAUCCGUAUGUACCGAAAGAGACGAAGGACUUGUUCCGCGAUAAAUUGCCGAUCGUUUUUUUAUAAGUAUAAUUAUAGCUAAGCGUAACUAUUUAACAACAGAGAACAAAAUAAGUUAAUAAAACCGUUAAAUAUUAUAUAAAUUUAUUACUUUUUUG